CGAAUAAACAUAAAAAACAGAAUCAGCAACCCGAAAACUUGUAUAAAUAUAUUUUUUGUGAACUCAAUUUCUCUUCGCAAUAAUGGAGGACACCGAAGACCAAGAUUCCUGCGACUUUGCUAACAUAUCGGAUGCAGAUCCACAACCGGCCUUGGAGCCGGAGGAAAUGAGCAUUUUGCCGCCCAAUCAUCCGCUUUUGCGGAAGUUCCAACAAUCGCUCAAGGAGCAUCUGCUUCGGACCAAGUAUAAGCUGGAAAAUGAGAUAACGGACAUCAAAUAUCAAGUGAAACAGAAGGAAGAUCGCCGCGAAGCUCAAGGAUUGGCCCUUUAUGAUAUGCAAAAUAAAAUAACCUAUCAGGAGCAACAAAUCAAGGAGAUCUCAACGCAAAUUGACGAGCACAUUGAGAAACGACAAGAAGAGGAAGCUGCAGUGGAAAUCAUUAAAAAGGAAUACGAAGAAAAGGUGAAAUUGACGCGCACGCAAAAAUCAUUGUAUCAGACACGCAUGAUGGAGCUGGAAGAUCUACAAAGUCUGGGCAGCAACAUCAAACAAUGGGCUUACGAUGUCGAGGACGAGGUGAAGAAUGCCAAGCGCAUUGUUAGCCGCGAUGCACAGUUGCAGAAGCAGCUGUCCGAGGAGAAACGCAAGUCCGAUAUACUCUUCUAUCGACUCGAUAUGGAAGUGAAGAAAAAGGAGGCCGAACUCGAAUCAAUUAUCGAAGAUGGAGCAGCCAUCCGAGAGGUGGUGAACGUUCUCAAUAUGAGCAUUGCGGAUGCCAAUACCGAUCUGGAGGCGCUGCAGAAUGAACACAAGCGUCUGGUGCAAGCUUGGAGUGAGGUGAUCAUUGCGAUUCAGCAGCGUGAUAAGAUUCUAUUCCAAGUCCAGGAUAAUAUAAGAAAACAAAAAGAAGCCAUCAAACUAAGUUUAAAUGGUGUGGAGGCUGUAAAAAAACAAAUAGCACGUGAAAUGCAAUUAAACAAGAAACUAGAAUCGUUCAAGCAGCGAAUGGUGGAUGACAUGAACACUCUUAGUCGUGACUGUCAACGCGAAGCAGAAAAUUUGACGGGCUUGCAAAACAAACUCGACGAAUUUCCCGACUUCUUAGCGCGAACUGAAGCCGAUUUGCAAGAAGCCACACGUGAAGGUCACAAAUUGAUGUCUGAAAUCCGUCGCCUUGAUUUCGUGCUGGACAAAAAUCAUCAGAAGAAAUUUAAAACCGAAGAAGCUAUACUCAAACUGGCUCAAGAACAACUUAUUACCGAUAAAGCCAGUGGUUAUCGCUUGAAGCUAUUGAACAAAGCGCAGGAGCAACGUCGAAGUGUCGAUUUGUCGCUGUCGAAAGUUCAAAAUCAAUUGUCGCUAGCCAUGCUGGAUGUGGAGCAGUUAAGAGGAGUACUUUACAAGUCUCGAAAUGAAAAUGAUGUUGUCAAAGAGAAUCUGAAUAAGGCUGAACAAAAAUCCGAUUGCCUGGAAGACGAACUGAAGCGAAUGCAAACUAAGAUUGAUAUCAAAAUGCAGCGAUUCGAGAAGUUAAAUAGCCAAAUCGAAGAGAUCCAAAGUGCCUUUGGGGAUGAGACUGGCAAUCCAACUGAAUUAAAGAUCAAACAAAUUGAGAAAUCCAUUCACAUUGGAGAACAUCAGAUUAGGGAGCAUCAACAAUUUUGGAUAAUGCUGCAGAAUCAUUACGUCAACUUGACGCAUAAGCGAAGUGAUCAGUUGCAUGAGAUUCAGGUGACCCGCAAACAAUUGUCAAUCAUAAAGCAAAAAUCAUUGAAAGUUGAGCAAGAGUUGGAGAUAUCAGAAAGCAAAACCAGAGAUCUAAAGCUAGAUAUACAAAAAUUCACCUCCAAAUUGGAGCUGCUCAACGAGAAAAUUUACAAUAAACGCAAAAAUCAUGACACCGAAGAAAGCGAGUACGAACAUGAACAAGCUGAGCUUAGCCAAAGACUCAAGGACACUGAAGCAGGCACAUUGAAAUUGGAAAAGGAUAUAAAUGAUUUGCAAAAUGAAAUAGAGCUCAACAAAGACUUGGUGCUCGACAGCCAUCGAGAAGCAUUGUCUUGGGAAACAAAACACAAGUUAAUUGAGGAAACUAUCAAUUGGUCCAAGUCGGAGUCAUCGUUAAAUGGUGAAAUAGGCGCCAUGAAAAUCGAAAUACACAGAAUGAAUAUACGUCACAGUCAAUUGAAGCGUGCUCAAGAGAAAUUAGUUCAAGAUUUAGAACAUUGUGUAAUGCAUCGGGAGCAAAUAUUUGUGAAUGCUUCGGUCAAGGAGCAUAUCGAUGCCAAAAAGAAAAGGUUUAAGAAUUCAUCGCAGGCGCAAGUAAAACUUGAAGAAGUACGCAAUAAAACCAAGGCGAUUCUAAAUGAAAUCGCAUUCUUAGCGGAUAACCGUAUCGUCGAUUCUGUCAGCAAUAUAGAAAAAAUGAUCUACAUUUUGCGAAAGAUUCAAGCGGAUCUCACGGAAGUCACAUCCAAAGAUACCAGAAUCCAAGCGCAAAUUGAAGAUGCCAUACUAAUGAAACACGCUAAUCUCGAGCAGAUCAUUCGCAAACAGAAUCGGGCCAAGGCAUUCCGUAAGCUCAGCACUUCCAAGGGACAGCUCAAGAUUGUGAGAUCAGAAAGUGUUAUUCAGCAACAAUUGGAGAAUCAACUUGAGAUGAAUGAUACGCUGAUGGAAAUUAUUCAAACACUUACAAAUGAUUAUCCCGAAAAAAAAACAUUCUUCUCAAAAAUUGUUCAUUUUUUGAAAGAGUAAAUGUGUUUAAAGCGUAAAUAAAUUUCUUUUGCAACAGUUCA